UCGGGGCCAGGUUCCUUCUACACCAGCCCAUGUUGGGCGUCAGCCAGGCUGGGAUGGCCCUGCAGGGUCACCCUGACCCCCAGCCAACACCCCACUCUCAGCCACAGUGGCAGGCUCCGUCAGCUUCACCCCAACCAGAUGGCCACUCUGCUGCAAAGGACCUUGUGUGGUCCCAGGCAUGGGCAGACCCAGCCCUCCUCUUCUCCCUGCAACGGGCACCCGGUGGCAGCUCCUGCAGGAAGGAGGCCGUCCUGCCGCACCUGCGGGUGACCCGGCCUAGGCUGCCAGAGCCCGCCAUCCUUCCUGUUUGUGCUGCCAGGCUGGUGGGGUCCCUUGCCACCGACCUCAGCCGCAGCAGUCUGCUCCCUUCCUGGGUGGAUUUGCAGGAGCCUCCCCCACCCUCUGCCCCUAGCUUGCUCCUCCUUGAGGACCCUGGGCAGGGUGGCUGCCAUGGGGCCCAGCCGUGCGUGGGAACCUGCGAACUGGCAAACGGGGCUCGGGGGUUUUGCCCAGAAAUGGGUCAGAACGAAAGCCUUUCAGAGGAAAGAAAAGGGCAUGAGUCAAAGAGAAAGUUGGGGGGUGGGGGCUCCUCCUCAUCUCACCCCACCCAGGUCUCCUGACUCCCUGGGUUUGUGUGGACCCAGGCAGGCAGCCAACCCAGCUCCGUGGUCUGUGGGCAUCGUGAUGAUCAGGACACAAGCUCUUCCCAUCUGAGCCUUCACUGUGGGCCAGCUUCCCAGUGGAUGACCACGGAAGAGGCCUCAACCCAGUGGGCCCCACUCCAGACCAAGAGCAGACCACUGGCCAGUGCCCCCCGCAGACAGCGGCACCCAGGGCAGCAGCAAGGUGAGGGGCACCCAGCCCCAGCCCGAGGGGCGCCUCAGAGAGCGGGCUGAGCCUGGCUGUCUCCCUGACCCCUCACCUGCUUCACCGGGUUGGCUUGAGCGAGGCAAUCCAGAUGCGUGUCUCGAGCGCCCCCUGGUGGUGUGCUGCAAAGCUACAUGGCCCCAGCGAGAAGAAAGCCGGCCCUUCAUCCUCAAUAACAAGGUAGAACUGGGGGCUGGAGAGCCCCUCCGACCCCACCUUUGGAAAGGUAAGUGGGUGCACGGAGCCUGGCAGGUGGCCAAGGGGACCCCCAAGUGGAGGGACUGGUCCAGGAGCAGCACGGGGCGGUGCAGCAGGUGAGCCCAGCACCUCCCCUCCCACUUUCGUCCCAUCAAGCCCCAGGACGUGGGGGGGAUCACGUCUGUGUCCUUGUUCUCCUCCAGGUGGAGCUGCUGAGUGGGGCUCUGGUCCUCCAGGGACCCACUCUGCACCCCAAGUUUUGCCCUGACCUGCUCCUCUGUGUUGCGUGGCUGUAGGGGA